UUCACGCAGCGCAGCCGAGGAAGAGAGGAGGUUGCGGUACGCAGAGGGCUGCGGAGACCGGAGGCCGCAGCCUGAUCGCGGGAAUUUGGCGCCUAUUUUUUGUUGGUUGGGUGUUCUCGCCUGUGAUUGGGCCCCGGCCCCGCGUGGGUGCGCCCGGCUGCGGCUGGUCUGCUGACCUUGGCAGGACCCCGGCGGCGCCGUAUUCGGCCAGCCUCCCGGGGGAUGGGCCACCAGGAGCCCCCGCUGGCCCGAGCGCUGGCGGGACGCGCGGCUUAUAUAAAAAGGUUACGUAAAGGGCUCAGCUGGCGCGAACACGUGGAGAGCCGCGGGAGCCCGGGCGCCCAGUGGUCCCCCGAGAGCCCCGCUGCCGUCACCGGCGCAGCAGCAGGAGCAAGCUCUGGCGCACGCCCGACCCGGGCCGCGGCCUCUCGCGCGGCUCCGUACCCGAGGCAGCCCAGGCCCGGAGCGGACCAUCCCCAGCCGGGGGCCUUAGGGGGGAAACGCGCUGCCCGGAAGUGGAAGGGCGCCGGCCAGGUCACAAUCCAAGGUCCCGCUCCUCCGCGUCCCGGGGCCGGACGGAGGGAUGAGGCAGGGGGGUCCCGGGCAGCGCCGUUGCUGCUCCCCCCGCCGCCCGCAGCCAUGGAAACGGGCGAGGAGGACGGCGCCCGCAGAGGUACACAAAGCCCCGAACGGAAAAGGCGAAGCCCAGUGCCGCGGGCACUCAGCGCGAAGCUGAGGCCGGCGGCGGCGGCCCAGGCCAUGGAUCCGGUGGCGGGCGAGGCCUACCUGGCGCGGCGGCGGCCGGAGGGCGGCGGCGUGUCGGCGCGGCCGCGCUACAGCCUUUUGGCGGAGAUCGGGCGCGGCAGCUACGGCGUGGUGUACGAGGCAGUGGCCGGGCGCAGCGGGGCCCGGGUGGCAGUCAAGAAGAUCCGCUGCGACGCCCCCGAGAACGUGGAGCUGGCGCUGGCCGAAUUCUGGGCCCUGACCAGCCUCAAGCGGCGCCACCAGAACGUCGUGCAGUUUGAGGAGUGCGUCUUGCAGCGCAACGGGCUGGCCCAGCGCAUGAGCCACGGCAACAAGAGCUCGCAGCUCUACCUGCGCCUGGUGGAGACCUCGCUCAAAGGAGAAAGGAUCCUGGGUUAUGCUGAGGAGCCCUGCUAUCUCUGGUUUGUCAUGGAGUUCUGUGAAGGUGGAGACCUGAAUCAGUAUGUCCUGUCCCGGAGGCCGGACCCAGCCACCAACAAGAGCUUCAUGCUGCAGCUCACGAGCGCCAUUGCCUUCCUGCACAAAAACCACAUCGUGCACAGGGACCUAAAGCCAGACAACAUCCUCAUCACAGAGCGGUCUGGCACCCCCAUCCUCAAGGUGGCAGACUUUGGACUAAGCAAGGUCUGUGCUGGGCUGGCCCCCCGAGGUAAAGAGGGCAAUCAAGACAACAAAAAUGUGAAUGUGAAUAAGUACUGGCUGUCCUCAGCCUGUGGCUCAGACUUCUACAUGGCCCCUGAAGUCUGGGAGGGACACUACACAGCCAAGGCUGACAUCUUCGCCCUGGGCAUUAUCAUCUGGGCAAUGAUAGAAAGAAUCACUUUCAUUGACUCUGAGACCAAGAAGGAGCUCCUGGGGACCUAUAUCAAACAGGGAACUGAGAUCGUUCCUGUUGGUGAGGCGCUGCUAGAAAACCCAAAGAUGGAGUUGCACAUCCCCCAGAAACGCAGGACUUCCAUGUCUGAGGGGAUCAAGCAGCUCUUGAAAGAUAUGUUAGCUGCUAACCCACAGGACCGGCCUGAUGCCUUUGAACUUGAAACCAGAAUGGACCAGGUCACAUGUGCUGCUUAAAAUUCAGGGCAAAGCAUCUUGGGUGUUUUUAAAUUAGGUCGAUCCUCGGGACCCGCAGUUCUCAUCGUAUCUCGCACAGAGGACGGCAGAGCGUACAGGUGGUGGCUUGGCCGGUUGACGAUCUCCCAGCAGCUGGACCUCCAGCAAUGUGAAGCUUUUGUUUGGGUUUUCCC